AUGUGCGGAAUAUUUGGAUACGCAGGCUUCGCCACAGAAACGAGCAAGAAACGAAUUGCAGACAUUCUGGUGAAUGGACUAAAGCGUAUAGAGUAUCGCGGAUACGAUUCGGCUGGGAUUUGCAUCACAGACGACUCAGACAUCCAGUUUGUAAGGAUCAGAACAGUUGGAAAGGUUGAAUGCCUGGCUAAGGCAGUGCAUAUGCAAUCUAAUGUUGACCUAAGCAGGAAUGUAAAAAUGUAUGCAGGGAUUGCACAUACAAGAUGGGCAACACAUGGGCAGCCAUCCCUUGAGAACAGCCAUCCCUUGAGCAGCGAUAAGGACAAUCACUUUCUUGUUGUCCACAAUGGAAUUAUAACAAACUACAAGCAGAUCAGGGCGAGCCUUGAGAAGAAAGGAUUUGUUUUUGAGUCCAGUACGGAUACGGAAUGUGCAGCCAAGCUUGCAAUGGACACGUAUAUGCAGAUGAAGAAAGAAAACGAAAGUGUUAAGUUUGUUGAUGUGAUCAAGAAUGUUGUGAGGCAGUGCGAUGGUGCAUUUGCAUUUGUGUUUGUAUCUUCGUGCUUUCCAAACGAAAUGGUUAUUGUUAGGAAGUCAUCGCCUGUUCUCAUUGGGUUGAAGCCAGCAGAAGACGUGAUUCCAAAGUCAAUAAGAGUCGUUCAUGAUGCAUAUGAAGAUGUGCAAUUGGGAAACGCAAUGCCUUUGGAGGUGUUUGUUUCAUCUGAUGCAUGUGCCUUGGUGGAGCAUACAAGAAACAUUGUAUAUCUGGAAGACGGUGACAUAGCACAUGUUUCGAAUGGAAAUGUGUUGGUACACAGGCUAAUUGCCAAAGAAAACGACACAACAGCAGGAACAAGAGAAGUAAAAGCAAUAAAUAUGGAAUUAAGCUCGAUAAUGAAGGGAGAAUAUGAUCACUACAUGAUCAAGGAAAUCAACGAGCAAAAGGAUUCGGUUAUCAGGACAAUGGCAGGCAGAAUCGACUUUGACGCGCAUAGUGUUUUUUUGGAAGGGCUGAAGGAUUACAUCGAUGCCAUCCGAAGCUCUCAAAGGAUUGUUUUUAUAGCAUGCGGAACUAGCUAUUAUGCCUGUCUUUCCUGCAGAGCACUCUUUGAGGAAUUAACGGGCGUGCCUGUUGCAAUUGAAAUGGCUACUGAUUUUAUCGACAGAAGGCCGCCUGUAUCAAGCAAGGAUGCAGUAUUGAUUGUAUCUCAGAGCGGAGAAACCGCGGAUAGUGCAAUGGCAAUGAGAUACUGCCUACAGAAAGAUGCAUUGUGCAUAGGCAUAACAAACACGAUUGGAAGCGCAAUUUCAAGGGAAACAGCAUGUGGAGUGCACAUCAAUGCUGGCCCUGAAAUCGGUGUUGCCAGUACCAAGGCAUACACCUCUCAGUGCAUUACAUUGGUGUUGAUUGCAUUACAGCUCAGUGAAGGCAAUACUUCGCAUACAAACAGAAGAAAUGAGAUUAUUGAAGGGCUUAGGAACAUUAGCUCACAAAUAGACAAAGUAUUGCUGCUUAAUGAAUCUGUAAGACUGAUUGCUAACGGAAAAAUCAAAGACUGCAGGAGCCUACUGGUUAUUGGCAGGGGAUAUCAAUAUCCAACAUGCCUAGAAGGCGCACUGAAAAUCAAGGAAAUCACAUAUAUUCACUCAGAAGGCUUGGCUGCCGGUGAGCUUAAACACGGGCCGAUCGCACUUGUUGAUGAUGAGCUUGAGUUGAUAUUCAUCGCAGCAAACGAUUCAAAUUAUGAUAAGGCUAGAAAUGCAAUGGAGCAGAUUCGUGCAAGAAACGGGAAUCCAAUGGUGAUAUGCACAGAGGAUGUCGCCAGUGACUAUUCCAUGCACCAAGUGCUUGCAAUACCGAAAACUGUUGACUGUCUUCAAGGAGUGCUAGCAAUCAUCCCGUUGCAGCUGCUGUCGUAUCAUCUUGCUGUAGCAAAGGGGCAUGAUCCAGACUUUCCUAGAAGCCUGGCAAAGUCAGUGACGGUUGAAUAA